GAAUUAGGCAAAGGGGGGCCUGUUUUUCUCGUUCAAUAAAGGGCGCCGCCACCGACCACCCGUGGCUAGAGUUCUAGAGCCCAGGCAGCUGUCCAAACGUAAGAAUGAUGAUGGGCUUGUUUGCUGAUUUUGGCUUGACCGUCGAGUUGUUGAGAAAUGCGGCCGGCCGAGUAAGACAAGACAGCAAUCAGCAGCAAAUUCAAUGCAAUGCAAUGUAAUGCAAAUGGCUUCGAUGAUGGCUCAAGUACGCAGUACCUGGCAUGUCGUUCGCUAAUCGCGCUGCUGGCGGGUCACUAUUACUCAACGUCUUACCUUGUCUGCCCACGUACUCUGUACAAGUGCUGAGGCUAGCAAGUGCUGAGGCUAGAUUCGUUUGGAUUGGAUGGGAUGGAUCCGUCGCUGAGUGGGAUUGGGUGCAAUGCUUGGAUGCCUUCCAGACUCACAUGUACGAGGACGCACGAUUACAAAGUACGACGUCCAAGAAAAAAUUGUACGUACGCAAAAUGCUUCACAUGAAUCCCAGUGGCACGGCAGCAUCCUCAAUGCUUGGCAUGAUGAAAAACACAAAUGGCUUGAUCCUGACGUUUCCUACACUGAAGCAACCUGUUCUAUUUCUGUAUCACAGAAUAGUCCCGCGUGCUCUAAAACUACGUUGACCAGUGAGAUAUUGUAGCAAUCCCCUUUUCCCUCGCAGCAUCCGACUCAUACAUCGAGCCGUGCCUGGAGCCCACAAAAGUGUCUCGGUGGCUUUUUGUGCGUGUUUCCGAACGCCUG